AUGGAUGAUGAUGUUGUUAAUGUUAAUACCGAAGAAGAUUCUUCAAUCCCAGAAUGUUCUGUUGCAUCUACUUGUCCCACUGAAUUCAAAGUAGGGUUAAAAUGCACAGAUGCUGGAACUUUUCUCAGUAAAGAGUUAGUUCAUGCAGAUAGUUUCCAGUGCACAGUUGUUCCAGAUAAAUCUGCUCCUCAGAUUAUGCUUGAAAGUGUGAAAGAUGGAGCAGUACAGAGAUCUGUUUCUUCGAAGAUGGAUAGGCUGCAUUGGGAUCUAAACACUGUAAUGGACGCUUGGGAUGAACCAUAUGAUGUUUCAGACAUAGGAAAUACCUCGAAAGAUAUCAAUGAUGUUGAUGCUCUACUUGACCUCAUUGCCUUUUUCCUCCUAAACUUUUGGUUCUUUAAUGACUUUAUCUAG